GCAUUCCUGUUGGGAUGAGAAACAGCCGUAUCCUAAGUGCUGGGCAAGUCUUGUAUUUGCAGCCAUUCGCAAAACAGAAUGCAGGGUAUAGUGUCGGUAACUUUAACCCCUUCUUUUGAAGAGAAAUAACUUUUGCUGCCAGCUGUCCCAGCAAUCACAGACUUGUGUUGUUAUGUGACUGUAACUAGGGCACUUCGGUAUUAAAGUUAACGUCACAGCAAUGCGCAGCGUUAAUCUGAAGCACAGACUGUCAUCCCACUUUUCAGAUAUUUGUCUCUUCUGGUGGUAAUUCUGCAUCAGAGUAAGCAUCAGAAGUAUAAAAUUGAGAUAGUGUUCAUGGGAGGAUGCACGUUAUUGAUGUUGUUAUGUUUGCGUUUUUUUAGCUAGCGUGUACUAAGGUGAGUUCAAAAUAUACAGCACAAAAUUAUGUUUAAUCUCUCAAACUGUGAAACUUACUGCCAGGGGAUUUAUUGGAAACACCUGUUAUUCAUGGGGGCUUUGGCUUUAAAUGCCAAAAGUUUUGGAGAUGCAAAAAAAAAAAAGUGCCUGAUCUACCACUUGCUGAAAUCAGGAGAAAUGUAUCUGGAAAAGUAAUUCCUUUAUGAAUAUGUUAGUGUCACAUUUUACUGAGUAUCUGCUACUAACCAUUGCCAGAAACUGGAUACUGAGUUAGGGCAGCUCUGGCCUCACUGAAGACACUUUUCACAGCAGGGACAAAAGCAGCAGUGGACAGAGGGGCUGGUCUGUUGUAAGGGACAUUUCCAAUUCAAAUGUAGUUGGCUUUUUCAUGAAAGCUUUGUAUAAAUAUGUUUUGUUGAAACCUGCUGAAUUUAUUGAAAUUCCACCUUCUGUUAAUAACAUAUGAUGUUUUUACCAUAAUAUGAUGUAAUAGGUUACUUAAUCUUGUGUUGAUGGAUAUUGUGAAUAGUGGAACCCUCACUGAUCCUGCACUGGGCUUAAAGUUGUCCCUGUUUCCUCCACGGGGUCACACUCUGUACAACACACCACUAGUCCCAGAGUGGUCCCAGAGUGGGAUUUACUUACCAAGUUAUAAACCCCAGUGCAUUGAGUUCACCUUGAUCAUCACCAGAACAAACUCCACAAGAGAUGGAGGACACCGAGCCGUGGUACUCUCAGAAGGUGUACGCCAGGUACUGGAGGCACUAUGACUUAGCCAUGCGCUGGAUGCGCAGGCACCAGAAAGCCUACAGGAAAGCCAUGGAGUCCUUUUAUCGUGUGCCUUGGCAUCCGUGGCAUCCUGCUGCAGCCUCUCCAGGCAGCCACUACUCAGAUUGGGAUGGGAGUAAUCUCCCACAUACCCCAAACUAUUCUUCCAGCUAUGGACCAGAUGUCAGAGUUCCACAUCACGGGGGAGCUCAGCAGUACACAGGUGCCUACCAGGAGAGGGAGGAUGCUGAUGAGGACUCCGAAAUGGAAGAGGAUGCUGAAAGGGACUCUGAAAUGGAGGAAGACUCUGAGUCUGAAGGAGAGAUAGAAUAUGACUUGAGUAACAUGGAGAUCACAGAGGAGCUUCGCCAGUUUUUUGCACAGACAGAGAGGCACCGAGAAGAGCUGCGGAGGCAGCAGCAGCUGGAAGCUGAGGACCCAUAUGUGGAGGCUGAUCAAGACCUGCACAGGAGGGUGGAGCGUUCUGUGGAGCCACCCACAGAAAGACCUGGGGAGAGGCGCAUGGCAGAAAUGAAGAAACUGUACGGUGCUGAAGCUGCCAAAAUCCAGGCCAUGGAGGCUGCCAUGCAGCUUACCUUUGAUAGGAACUGUGACAAAAAGCAGCCCAAAUUCUGGCCCAUUAUUCCCCUUAACCUCCCUCUUGGCCAGCUGGCAUCCCGUUUUUUACUUUUCCAGCAGGCAUUGGUUCAGUUUGGCAUGCUCCUUCAGAGUGGGAGCAGUAGCCUAUUUAGAACUUCAAACACAUAAAGACUGACUGGCUGGAACCCCAGAGAACAACCUAGCAAGAGGCUGAUGAGGGCACUUAGCCAGACCAUCUCUGAAACACUAUUGCUAAAAACCUGAUAUGCAUGUUAAGUAAACAUCAGAUAUGCAAAACCCAGUACACGUAACAUGCAGAUAAUAGCAUAAGGCAAUGGGCCCUAUCUCCAAAUAAAUAAUAGCACCCUCAUAACCACAGGCAGUUUCAAUAUUUUCUGUUCACUUUCAAUGUCCUCUGGAUGGGUCAUAUCUAUAACACAAUAAAACUCCCACAGGCUCCAGCAGGAGCUGGAUUUAGUAUUAAACCCUGGCUAAAAUGAGGGAAAGACAUUUCUCUUGCAUACAAACAGGCAAAAGCUCUAGAAUAAAUGUGAUCCAGGAAGUUAUUAUAUAAAGGCAUUGAUAAUUUCAUUUGCAUAUAAAAUAAUAACAACAAGAACGGAAGCUAAAUUAUCUCAUAUAUACAGAAACCGUGGGUGUUCAGGAUUGGCUAUUCAUUAUCUUUUUGUCAUAUAAAGCAAUUCAGUCUGCAGCUGCAUUUCUCUUACAAAUCCAAUUCAAUCAAGAGAACCGAAACAUCAUUAGCAAACCCACUGAUUUAUCCACCAGUAAAGUGCUGAUACAGGCUUCUGUUCCUGAUGCUAAUAAAUUUUCUGCGUAGCAGUGUUGGCUCUCUCUAGGGAUCUCCUGUUAUUCUAAUGACUACAGAUUUCUAACUUAACCACUGGAAUUUUUCAGCCUGAAAGUCUGUAACAGUAGGGUUCAAAAUCUGUGGGAGUCAUAGGAAAGAAAGGACAUGAGCCAAACUACCCAGUUGCCUAAGAGAUGUGUCUAGAUGAAACUGCAGAUAAAGCAGCACCUGGUGCCUUAGAAAAUUGCUGUAGUAGGACCGUUUUUUCCCCCUUUCUGAAAGACAUUGUCUCCUGUUUUGCUCAUCACUUCCUCUCCCUUUUUCUCUCAAUGAGCUUACCUGCAGAGCUUUGCCUCCCUCUUUGUACAUUUCCCUGUCUUCUGCUUGGUUUGUUCCCUUAAUUGCCAGCCUGCCAGGCUCAUUUACCUCUGCCUCAACCGCUGUUCUCCUACAGAACUCCAGGAAAUGCUCUGAUAACCCCUGGCAGGUGUUGUCUCCAGUUCCUCCUGCACAUCUUCUGCCACCAGGGCUCUGGGCAGUCACCUCCGAGCUCAUCACAGCAUCACCUUGUUGAUACUUCAUAUGCAUGAGCCCUGACAGAGUCUUUCAAGGCCUGGACAUGCACUUCGGCUUCCUAUCCAAGGUGAACUUUAGACAGUGUCACUUCUAACAGCCCAAUGGGUGUUAGAAGUAAUGUUGUCUUUUGGGAAUAAUUUUACAAGCAGCAGUUUCUGUAGCUUCUUUAACAGCCUUGGGUAAUUUUGUCUGCCAGGUUCUUGUGAUGUUUGGUUUUCCUGUGGCCCUUUCAUCUUUUAAACACAAAGAAGCUAUUUCCUUGGAAUAUUGGAUGGCAGAAUGAAUGUUCUAGGCAGUUACAAAACACUCAUGUUCAGCCCGAACUUUAUUAAAAAAAAAGAAGUACAAAAAGUAAGAAUCCAGAUUCACCUAUGACAGUAUAAUGCGUUUAAUAUAGCUUUAAUAAAGUUUUAUUACAUUCCUCACUUGGAAUAUUAUUUUUCUAUUUGCUGAACACAAUAUCCAGGAGAACAAGAAUCUAAUAGCAAGAGUCUUAAAAAAGUGUUCUUUAUUUAAAAAAAUACAGACACUCCUAUGUAUCUUAUAUAUGCUAUAAAUAAAGGAUUAAAGUAUUAUCAAUGUAAGAUACUUGACACUUUCAUUUACUUUUUUAUGUCUCCUAAUUGAAGAAUGGAUACGUAUGAGUGACUAGUGUGUUCUGCUUUUAUGUUUUAAUCAUGUACUUGUGCAUUUGCAAAAAAUUAGCUGUCUGCACUGAAAGUAGUAGGAAAAUGCUCUUGUUUAGAGUAGGUGUUCAGAUUUUUUUAGGAAAAAAUCACCAGGUUUAUUAGUCUAGGGAAUGAGAAGUUAUAUUAGUCUUCCAAACUCACCAUUUAGUAUCAAUAUGUCAUCUUGUUAUUUUUUAAGUUCCUCAGUGUCGUUUAUCAGGUUGGGCUUUCUGGGAGGGCUCUUGCUCAUCUGACCAGAGUGGCUUGGGCUUUUUUGAGCAUCACAUUUCUGGCAGGUCUAAUGUGUUUGGCUCUCUGUGAAGUCAGAAGGAGGUGAAGCAUUUCCACAAUGUCAGCAGAUCUGAAGCCACACCUUCCUCCCGAAACCGCAUCUCACAGAGCUGAUGGAGGAUGUUGUGUCUUAGAGCCGCUUCUGUUACCUCCUAGUGAAAAGCCUGUAGGACUGUGCCAGCUCCUGUAGCUCCCACAGCCCAAGACACCCAUCCUCUCAGGCUGUGAGCACUGUGGGCACAGCGAGGAUGAUACAUUAUUGCUGGCUAAUGGAGUCUUUCCCAUCUUUCCUCCAACACAUCGCAUUUUUGCCACAAACCACAGCUCUGGGUAUAGCCGCUUGCCAGAAGUGGACUGUGCAAAGCAGGAAGAGCAGUACAAAAGCAAUAAAACAUACUGUGUGUAGGGAGGGAAAAUCCCAAUACAAAACCCAAACCAGCUUUUUAGAAUGUGUGUUAGCAGAAAACUAAAGCUGAGUAGCCCUUUAGGAGAGAAUUUAACUCAGCUUUGUGAUACAGUUUAAAGCACCAUUCAUGUUUACAGAGCAGCAUUAAAACCUGUAAUCAGUUACGAGCUUGUACCUAUUGACAGAAGUAAAAAAAAAUGAGAACUAAAGUGAAAUCAGCUGGCUGUUUCUCAGUCUCCACUGCCCAACUAAAGCAGGAAAAGUGUUAAAAUGACUCCUGCAAUUUUCCUCCUCAGUUUUUUGAGUUUGAUUUUUCAGUUUGCAAAAAAAGCACCUGAGAAUGUUCUUAAAUGCUCUCUGUGCCUGUCAUCAAAGGAGUUUUCUACUUUGAAAAAAAGAGAGAGAGCCUUGUCUCAAAAUGUACUUUGCCAGAAAUUCUGUCCUGAUUAGGCUGCCUUGGAGCGCUUUCUUGGGAGGUUGCCAUGCUGAAGUUGUUGGAUGGCAGCCAUGUGUUCAACACUCUCAAAAUAAAGUCUUUUCCCUUAAUUUGCAGUGCAACAGAAAACUGAGGUUAAACCUAUUGAUGCCACUGGAGGGUGGGACUAACAUACAUAUGUAUGCAAUUAUUUUCAGAAUAUUGCAAUGAGUGCAUAUAUGCUCACACAGAGGUUGCUCUGAAGUUGAAUACUAAUGUUCCUUGGGCAUGCAUUUUGCCCCCCUCUCAUUUCUUCAUUUGCAAAUUAUUCCACAUUCAGAUCUCCCCAGUGGUACUAAUGAAAAUGUUGGAUAAUCCAUACAUUUAAGUCAGCUCCCCCUAAAGACCCUAGGCUGGCCUCUCCAGCCCACAUGAUCAUACCUCACAAUAGGAACUUAGCAAAGCGCUUCAGUAAGUGUUUAUAUCCAAGACUUCUAGACUGAACUCAUCAUCUCUGAUCAAUCUCAAGUGAAUUUUUGAGCCCAAAUGUUUUAUAAUGAGGUAUGUGGAAAAAUGCCUUCACAGGAUUAUUGUAUCAUGAUUCACAUAGCAGGAGGUAAGACUUUUCUCUCUCUCUCCCUAGGAGAAAGGGUCGUCAGCAUUUCUGCAUUUCACAGAUCCAUUCAGGAGGAUGAAAUGAGAUGGGCUGCACAUGAAAGGAAAGGUUGCAUCCACUUGUGUUUUUUUCUGUAUAACACUCAUCUGUUUUCAGAUUGUUGGUGCACUCAUUCACUCGCAAGCUUUCUGCUCUUUAUAAUGCUUUACUGAAACCACUCAUGCUCUCUCAGACCACGUAUUAUUUCCUACAUGGUUCCCUACCAAGUGUGGGUUAUAUACGCAGCAUGCAGACAGAGAAAGGCACAGAAGCAAUUGCAUGUAUCCAGAAUAAAGACAGCUUAUACUGUGAUAUAAGGUGCCCCCCAGACCUGGAUCUCUCAGGGGACACUCACAGAAUAUCCUUGCAUGUAAGUGAAAAAUUCUGUGCUUGGGGUAAGGUCCCUUAUGUAGGCCUAAGUAAAAGCAGAAGUCCUAAUCAAUAUAUUGAGCCUUUGUUUCCAAUCCUCUAAAAUAACAAAGCAACAUUGUCAAUUCCACAAGUGAGUUCCACAAGGGAUAUAAAAUAGAGAUGAGUCUAUCUUUUAACACUGAAGAUGUAUUUAGUACUCCAUAAUUAACACCAAAAUGGUAAUCACUAAUUUUCAGAUUAAAUUAACUGUACUGCAUUGGGAAAAAAUAUUGUUGAAUUUUGUUGAAUUUUUCAGCCUGAAAGUCUGUAACUGUAAUAUUUUUCAAAGCAGUCACUGCUUAUAUUUACAUAUCGAGAAACAGUUGUUGGAAAUGUGACCUACUUGGUAAUAAAAAGCAGUUUUCAUUUUGAA